AUGGCCGACCAGGAUGAGAUUAGAGGUAAUUCAGUCCAUCAGAUCACUGAGCCGAAGAUGGAAAAGAGUUUUGCUGCUGAGAAACCCAAACCAAAUGGUAGUUUCAUCAACAAGGUGAUGAGUUUCUUUAAGAGUGAUGUUCUCGAGGAGAUGCCUCCGUAUCAGGACAUUGAGAUUCACACUUGGAAUGGUCCUAAUGAUCCAGAGAACCCUUUCAAUUGGAGCUCCAAGUACAAAUGGCUUCUGACCAUCACAGUAUGCUUCAUCUCUAUCUUAACUGGCCUCCCAGCAGGUACUUAUGGCUCUGGUGAUGACUGGAUGGAGGAAGAGUUCAAUGUGCAAAAUUCGCCAUUCCCAAAUCUGUACUGGGCGACAACGAGUUGGAAUAUGGGUGCAGCUUUCUGGCCCCUUAUCUUCGUGCCACUCACUGAAUCAUCCGGCCGUAUGCCAGGUUAUUUUGUGGCAUACAUCGUUCUCGUCAUUUCACUCUUUCCUUCCGCGUUCGCAAAGAACUUUGCGACUUUGGUAGUUACGCGAUUCUUCGGUGGGGGUGCUUCCUCCGUUUCAAUUAACAUUGUCGGUGGAAGUAUCAGUGAUGUCUGGCUUGGAAAUAAGGCACGCAGCUUGCCUAUGUCUAUCUUUGGCUUCACUAGUGUUGUGGGUAUCGCACUUGGUCCGUUCAUUGGAUCCGCUAUCGUGCAAAUUCACAUGAGCGAACCCUGGCGUUGGAUUUUCUAUAUUCAAAUAAUUUAUAACGCUGCCCUGAUUCCGGUGUUCUGGUUCAUUCUCCGCGAAACUCGCCCCGACGUUAUCCUCAAGGCCCGCGCUAGGAAGAUUCGAAAGGAAACUGGUCGCCCUGUCUACGCAGCUGCCGAGAUUGACGCGCCCAAUAAGCUCAGUCUGUUAAAGGUGUCCUUCCAACGUCCAACCCGCAUGCUGACCUCUGAGCCUGUUGUUAUCUUCUUUACACUCUGGAUCAGUUUUGCCUGGGGAAUUCUGUACCUCUUCUUCUCUAGUGUCGUACAGACCUACUCCACAAACUACAAUUGGGAUACUCUCGCCACAGGGUUGGUCCAGCUUGCCAUCUCUGUCGGCGCCAUUAUCGGUACAAUCAUCAACCCAGGUCAGGAUUGGCUCUACCAGCGCUCUGCAUGCCGCAAUAAAGAGAAGCCCGGAGUCCCCAUUCCUGAGGCCAGAUUAUACACCGCUAUCCCUGGCAGUCUUCUUUUCGCAGCCGGUCUAUUUUGGUAUGGCUGGGCCAGUCAGCCUGACAUUCACUGGAUCGUUCCAACAAUUGGUAUCACCGCGGCUGGUAUUGGUAUCUAUUCUAUUUACAUGGCAGUUGUGAACUACCUCACUGACGCGUACGAACGCUACGCCGCGUCUGCUCUGUCAGCGGCUUCUCUUGGCCGUAACGCGUUCGGUGCCUUUUUGCCACUUGCUUCGACCGAGUUAUUCAGCAAUCUCGGCUUCGGCUGGGCUGGCAGUCUUCUUGGAUUCAUUGGUAUUGCGCUAUCUGUUGUGCCUGUAGUUUUGGUCAUGAAGGGACCAGAAAUUCGGGCCCGUAGCACCUUUAUGCGGGAGGCCAUGUGGGAGCCGGAGAAGCUCGAGAUUGAUGACUCUGGUAAGCAUGAAGUAGAACCUUCAGUUGAGAAUAAGGAGGGUAUCGUAUAG